CGUGUUUCCACAUGUUUGUGCGCGCAGCUGGCAGAGGGACUAGGGUGGGUCUCGCGGUUCGGGCGCUCCCGUCAAGUCUGGGAAGUCACGCUCCGCUAAAUCUGGGAAGUCACGCGUCCCCGCGGGCCUACAUGAUUGGCGGGAGAAAAAGCAAGCUGGAGCGGGCCCACCUUCCCGAGGCAGUGAUUGGCCCAGAUUUCCGCCUGUCUGACGCCCUGCCCACCAGCUGUCAUUGACCUUUGACCAUUGCGAAACUACCGUUUCUUGUUUGCGUUGUCCCCACCCUGGUUUCCAGCACUGCGGGGCAGAAGCGGGCUGGAAUCCUCAACAGGACGGGCGAGAAUCGCGGUGCGGGACAGGCCCAGAACGAUGGCGGCUCCAGUGACCCCAGGACCCCUGACACCCGUCCCAGUAGCUCCUGGUGACCUCUCUGGGAGAGGGCCCCAAGGCCCUCGUGACACCCCGUCAGAGCCCAAGCAGCUCCCUGAGCUGAUCCGCCUGAAGCGAGACGGAGGCCGCCUGAGCGAGGGGGACAUUAAGGGCUUCGUGCGCGCUGUGGUAGACGGGAACGCGCAGGGUGUGCAGAUAGGGGCCAUGCUCAUGGCAAUCCGACUGCGAGGCAUGGACCUGGAGGAGACUGUGGCGCUGACUCAGGCCAUGGCUAAGUCUGGGGAAGAGCUGGAGUGGCCAGAGGCCUGGAACCAGCAACUCGUGGACAAACAUUCCACAGGGGGCGUGGGUGACAAAGUCAGCCUGGUCCUGGCACCUGCCCUGGCAGCCUGUGGCUGCAAGAUGCAAGGUCUGCUGGAGCGAGUGGGUUGCUGUAUUGUGGGUCAGAGCAAGAAACUGGUUCCUGCUGAUGGAGUCCUGUAUGAAGCCAGAGAUGUGACAGCCACCGUUGACAGCCUGCCACUCAUCACAGCUUCCAUCCUCAGUAAGAAGGUGGUGGAGAGCCUGUCUGCCCUGGUGGUGGACGUCAAGUUCGGCGCAGCUGCAGUCUUCACCAGCCAAGCCGAGGCCAGGGAGCUGGCAGGAGUGCUGGUUGGUGUAGGGGCGGGCCUGGGUCUUCGGGUAGCAGCCGCUCUUACUGCUAUGGACCACCCCCUGGGCCGCAGCGUGGGCAACUCCCUGGAGGUGGAGGAGGCGCUGCUUUGCAUGGACGGCGCGGGGCCACCGGACCUGCGGGAUCUGGUCACCAGGCUCGGGGGCGUCUUGCUCUGGCUCAGCGGACAGGCAGAAGACCAAGACCAGGGCGUCACUCGGGUGGCCGCGACGCUGGACGACGGCUCGGCCCGGGACCGCUUCGAGCGAAUGCUAGCGAUGCAAGGCGUGGACCCGUGCCUGGCCCAAGCCCUAUGCUCCGGGACCCCCGCGCAGCGCCGGCAGCUGCUGCCCCGCGCCCGAGAGCAAGAGGAGCUGCUCGCGCCCGCGGACGGCACCGUGGAACUCGUCCGGGCGCUGCCGCUGGCGCGCGUGCUGCACGAGCUCGGGGCCGGACGCAGCCGCGCAGGGGAGCCGCUCCGGCUGGGGGUGGGCGCGGAGCUGCUGGUCAGCGUGGGCCAGAGGCUGCAACGCGGGACGCCGUGGCUCCGCGUGCACCUGGACGCGCCCGCACUCAGCGGCCCGCAGCGCCGCGCCCUGCAGGGGGCGCUCGUACUCUCGGACCGCGCUCCUUUCGCCGUCCCCUCGCCCUUCGCUGAGCUCAUCUUGCCGCCGACCGACGCACAGCAAUAAAGGCCGAGAGUCGCAAA